AAUUCAUUCAGAAACUAAUAUUUUCAUAUAUAUUGAAAAAGAAAAUAUUUCUCAUAAUUUUUAUUUGGUAGCAUUUCAAGUAAAAAAUCUUUGAGAAACAAAAAGAGAAAACUAGUAUGAGAAACAGAUCCUUAAAAAAGGAAAUAACAGUAAUGCACGUGAUGAUGAGGAACAUAUAACAAAGGUUUUCUUGUUUUGUUUUGUUUGUUUUUUUCUUCUUUUAUUUUUCUUUUAUAAUAAUCAAAAAUAAGAAAAAAAACGAGACGUUCAUGCAUUUAAUCUCGCACCUUACGACAAAGAGUGAGAGAGAAGAUCGCUCAGGUUUGUUCGUUCUUCACCGGCCGAUUUUUUUUCAUUCUGCGGUGGGAGAAAGAACGGCCUGUCUUCAGCUCUGAAACAGAGGAAGAGAGACGUGAUUUUUGGGCAUAGAGGUUAGGAAGGAGACAAUGGUUGGACCCUCGCGGCCUCAGAUCGUUUUGUUUGGAUCUUCCAUUGUUCAGAUGAGCUUUGGCCAUGGUGGUUGGGGCGCCAUUCUUUCCGAGGUCUACGCUCGUAAGGCCGACAUCAUUCUGCGAGGAUAUUAUGGAUGGAACUCUUCUCGUGCUUUGGAAGUUGUCGACAAAGUGUUCCCCAAGGAUGCUGCAGUACAACCUUCUCUGGUCGUUGUCUAUUUUGGAGGAAACGACUCAAUGGCGCCUCACCCUUCUGGUCUAGGACCUCACGUACCACUUACUGAAUACGUUGAUAACAUGAAGAAGAUCGCUCUUCAUCUUCAGAGCCUUUCAGACUCCACCCGUAUCAUAUUUCUUAGUUGUCCUCCAGUGGACGAGGCUAAAGUUCGUCAGAACCAAAGCCCAUACUUGAGCGAGGUAAUCCGCACAAACGAGCUCUGCAAGACUUAUUCAGAUGCUUGUGUGGAGCUGUGCCAAGAACUCGGCCUAGAAGUAGUUGAUCUCUUCUCUACUUUUCAGAAAGCAGAUGACUGGAAAACUGUUUGCUUCACAGACGGGAUUCAUUUGUCAGCACAAGGAAGCAAACUAGUGGCGGCAGAGAUACUAAGAGUGAUUAAAGAAGCGGAAUGGAAUCCAUCACUUCACUGGAAAUCGAUGCCAACCGAAUUCGCAGAGGACUCUCCUUAUGAUCUUGUUUCAGCAGAUGGCAAACAGACAGUAAAUUCAUCAGAAUGGACUUAUUUCUGGGAAGAACAAUGGGACUAAACAUUUCAACAGACAACAACAACAACAUGACCCUAUCUUUAUAUAAUUCACUGUCUUAAUGUGAUAAAGCUUUGCUUUAGAUUGUUCUACAGGACUACAAGUGUCUCUGCUAUAAUCUGAUUUCGCUCUAUAAACCAUAAACGUUACCAUUUUAAUUUAAAGUCUUUGUUAUCGUCAUGCUUUA